AUAUAGCUUGCCUAACAGAGACGGCGAACGUAACCGUAACAGUCAGAGCUACGAAAGGAUCGCAGCAAACAUCGGCACCAGCGUUAGAUACUCAGGUUGCCAACGUCAUCACUAGCGCCGAAGCCACCGGGACAGUAGUGAUCUUGCCAUCUUUAACUGACACAGCCCCCCAAACAUCCGGAUACGUUGCAACUGGUCUUACAGCAUCGGGCAAGGUUACGUCUUGCCCUCUUAUGUCAAACCCUAUCCCGACGCCUUCAUCUCUCAUCGACUCAGCAGCGCCUGCUACUUCAGUUGCACCGCUUCCAUCCGCACCAAUGCCUUCCGGAGACAUCUUUGCUGAGCCCAUCGGGACCGGAGCGCCCCCGGGCACCAUCUCCGCCCGCAGUGACCACCCGGUCCCGAGGAAGGGCAUUACCUCGACUUCGCCGCUUCAGACAAACAAGUUUUACUCCAACUUCUUCUUGGGAGACCAGACGGCGCCGACGUACACUUACCCUUACGGCAUAGCAUGGGGGGCAGGACGAGGGGCCGCUGCCAGCUACGGCAUGACUAUUUCUCACAUCGAAGCGAAUCAGCGUGUCUUCGGCCCGACCAAGGCGGAUUCUGGUGCUGCGUCUUAUUUCAUUAACCCGGUAGGUAUUCAAUCAAUGGUAAUCAGCGCCCAGGAGCUCGGGUCGGACACCGCGGUGGGAACCGACAAUGUCACGGCCUUCUCUGCGACAAUUCACCUGAAGCCGAAUGCUCAAGCUGUGCCAGCGGUUUCUUUCCCCCUUGUCCAAGGAAUGCCCUUCAUCACAGCCCAGUAUGCCGGCGCCACACCCGUGAUCCGCACGGGAGUAUUCUUCAGGACGGUCACGCGGGUGACACAGGACCCCAAGGCCGGCGUUGCCAAGUACACUUUCCAGCUCGAAGACGGCAAGAUCUGGCGGCUGUACGCAUAUGCAACCACCGGAUCCCAGCUCAACCUGCAGGUUGUCAAUAAUGGUCUCGCCCAAUCAACGCAGCCGUUCUACGGAAUCAUUCAAGUCGCCAAGGAUCCCGGAAACGGAGAGGCAUUGCUUGACCAGGCGGCCGGUGUUUAUCCCACGACAGUCGCGCUGUCUGGUUCUGUGAGCGGCACCUCGGGCUCGUACACGUUCAAGUUUGCCAAGGGUGGUCACCCUGACGGCCAGCUGGUCAUGUACGCGCUACCGCAUCAAGUCUCCUCGUUUGAUUCUACGACGAAGAAUGGCGUCCAGCCCGUCCAGCUCAUGACCCCUGCCAAGGGAAUUGCGACUGCAGUUCUGGCUGAUCAGUGGACAAUGCAAGAAUCGAACUUGCCUGUCAGCAUGGGUUUCGCACCUUGGAGUCCUGACAAAGGCAGUCUCACCACGCUAUCAGACAAUGCCAAAGUGGUGAUCCGCGGGAUAGCAGCCCAGGAGGUAUCCCAGGAUAUGAUGGCUCAGUCUGACCUAGACUCCAUGUACUUCAGUGGAAAGGCCCUAGCUAAGUUUGCCAUACUGAUCAUUGUGAUCAAUGACAUUUUGGGAGACCCGGCAUUGGCACAGUCAGGCCUAAACAGGCUCAAGGCAGCGUUUGCAACGUUUGCUACCAACAAACAAAAGUACCCGCUGGUGUAUGAGAGCGCUUGGGGAGGUGUCGUGUCUUCGGCAACUUACGUCACGGGCAACGAUGGCGCCGACUUUGGCAACACGCAGUACAACGACCACCAUUUCCACUAUGGCUAUCACAUUCUUGCAGCUGCAGCUAUUGCUCACUUGGACCCAAGCUGGUUGGCAGCGAACAAGGACUAUGUGAAUGCCCUGGUGCGAGAUGUGGCCAACCCCAGCACCCAAGAUACCUACUUCCCUACGUGGCGUGCUUUCGACUGGUAUCAUGGCCACAGCUGGGCCCAUGGUCUAUACGCCUCGUACGAUGGAAAGGACCAAGAAUCAAGCUCCGAGGACAUGAUGCACGCCUACGCCCUCAAGAUGUGGGGCGACGCCUCGGGCGACAGCAUGCUCUCGUCGCGAAGCAACCUCCAACUCUCCAUCAUCGCCCGCGCCCUCCAGGACUACUAUCUCUACAAGAGCGACAACGCCGUGCAGCCACCCCAGUUUAUCGGCAACAAGGGUAUCCAUAUGAUUCCCCUCCUCGCGCCCUCGCCCUUUGUCCGCACACCAGCUUUCGUCAAGGAAGAGUGGGACGUGUACUUUAGCAAUGGACGCGUCGAUACUAUCGCGGGCGGCUGGAGGGGUAUCAUUUAUGGAAACCUUGCGACGAUUGAUGGUAAGACGGCGUGGGACUUCUUCAACAGCCCGAACUUCGAUCCUAGCUGGAUCGAUGGCGGCGCGAGUUUGACAUGGUACUUGACGUAUGCAGCACUGAUGGGCAACGUCUAGCACGUUUCUCCAACAUCCUGCAUCGAUACACACCAGUUCUAAUUCAACACUCAUACGACUGGUGGACGAAAUUCACGACAUGAAGAUUAGGAGGGCGGCACUAUUCGAAUUCGGUUUUCUCUGUCCUUUUCUUUUUCCUUAUUGCGCGUGGACGAAGUAAUGACGACGAAACAAUCACGAGCAACGAAGCAUGAAAUGAAAGAGAUGGGAGAACACAAAUCAAUGUAAUUCCUCAAUGACGAAACACGACAACGAAGUUCCUACGACACACACUACACACACUACACACACGCCUAACUCAAACAGAACCUAGAGAUAUCAUCUUUAUAUGAACGAAGAAUG